UCACAUCCACUGCGAAUACGAAACUAAAUAUUUAGCGUUAGAAUUUAAAGCUUUUUUCAUUGUAAAUCUAAAGCUUUACAGCAUGAGCUCAUUUCAUACACUCGUAUUUUAUUUAAUGGAAUAAAGUACUGAAAAUAGUUUCAAAAUCAGCAAGAUGGACGAGAACAUCAGCCGUGGAUAUAUUCAGCUGGGAUCGCAAUGCAAAGAUAGAUUGUUAUUAAAAAGAACGGGAUUCAGUUCACAUCCUCCGAGCGAUUCUUGUCAUUGUAUCUAUUUAGCGUUAUUGCUCGCAGGUGUGGGUUUUCUCCUUCCAUACAACAGUUUCAUUAUCGCUGUAGAUUAUUUCCAGUCGAAAUAUCCGGCCACCACAAUUGUAUUUGACAUGAGCUUGAUUUACAUUUUGGUUGCAUUUGUUGCCGUUAUCAUCAAUAACGUGCUUGUAGAAACUCUCUCUCUAAAUGUGCGAAUAGUGUUUGGAUACAUAAUUGCUUUCUUCACAUUAACAUUUGUGGCAAUUUUUGAAAUAUGUUUUGAAAUUUUCGACGAUUCCCUCGGCUAUUCUAUUAAUUUGAUAGCUGUUGCUGUUGUAGCAUUUGGUUGCACAGUUCAACAGUCCAGUUUUUAUGGCUACACGAGUAUGUUGCCCUCACGUUACACUCAGGCAGUUAUGACCGGCGAAAGUGCUGCUGGACUGCUUGUAUCGACCAACAGAAUUCUGACAAAGCUUCUUUUAGAGAAUGAGAAGCUGAAUACCAUUUUGUUUUUCUGCAUCUCUAUCGGUCUAAUUGUGGUCUGCUUCGUCAUCCAUUUCAUCUUGCAGCGCACUGAGUUUGUGAAUUUCUAUCUCAGUCUUUGCGUCAAUGCAUCAGAAUCUGAUGAUAUGCAAAAACACAUAAUACUGGAACCCACUGAAGAUGUCAGUUUAGUAGAUAUACUUGAUCCUGCUGAGACGAAGUGUGGUAAAUAUGGUGUGUUGUCUCUGCGCUCACCUCCCUCCUCACCCGUCAUUCAGCAGCAGCAACUCCCUUCUGAUGCAGCAGCCACCAGUGAUGAUGCCUCUUGUGAAUCUCUUCCAACCAAGUAUCGUGUUCAUGUUCACAUGAGGGGAGGAAGAUCUUAUGCAAAACAUAUCCAGUGGUGGACUGGAGUGAAGAGAGGCGUCCUGAACAGAGUGGAAGUGUCUCGUCUUGUUUGGCCUUACAUGGUGAGCAUUGCACUUGCCUAUUUUGUGACUCUCUGCCUCUUUCCUGGGAUUGAGAGUGAGAUUGUAAGCUGUAAUCUCAGAUCCUGGAUGCCUGUUAUUCUCAUGGCUAUUUUCAACUUAUUUGACUUUGUGGGCAAAAUCUUCGCAUCUGCCUCAUUUGAGUGGAAGAGAAGGCAUUUGGUUUUGUUGUCCGCUAUGAGAAUCCUGUUAGUUCCCCUUUUGGCUGCAUGUGUUGCACCCAGAGGAGAUCCAUUGCUCCCUGGUGAAGGGUGGUCCAUGUUCUUCUCUGCAGUGCUGGGUAUCACCAAUGGAAUCGCUGGAUCCGUACCCAUGAUAGUGGCACCUUCUAUGGUCUCUGAUGACCAAAAAGAGCUCACUGGUAACAUUAUGACCUUGUCCUACAGUAUAGGAUUGACUCUUGGAUCGGGUGUUGCAUAUUUUAUCGACUACUUACUUGGACCAACACUCCUUUCUCCCUGUGCACCAUUGAUUCCAGAAAAUAUUACUGAACACUCCUUCAGUAAUCUGACUAUUUACAACUCAGAUGUUUGGAACAUAACAUUACCUUUGAAUUAUUCACUUAAUAACAGUAGCUUUCUGUAAACAGAUGAUGUUUCUUUUCUUUUUAAAAGGGGCUAUUUAAAUGUGACAUAAGCAUUUGUGAUUUGCUUUCUUUUUUCUUUUUUUGCCAACAUGGGAGUGUUUACUGAUCAAUGCUUACUUAUGAAGCUUAAAUCCCCUCCUUUUUUAAAAAUGAAAAAAUAACGUAAGAAAAAUUAAAGCAGUUAAAUUUCGAAGAAAUUUGCACUUGAAAUAAAUGUUAAAUAUGGUUAAAGAAUAAGUUUGGAAAUCUUUUUGAAGGAAUAUUUAGUUACAUAAAUUAAUUAAAAAUUUAAUUUUAUUUCUUUAUGUAUAUAUUUGCAAAGCUACCUCGUGUCUAAUUUAUUACUAAAAAUUUUAAAAUUAAACUACUACAGUAAAAGGGAGGAAAGGGAAGUCCAAAAAUAGGCUUCUUCUUCUAUUGGUGUGGCAACCCUUUGUAGGCCAGAGCCUUCCCUAGAACCUUCCUCCAUUCUGCUCUUUUCUAACCAAUUGUUCUCUAGUUGGUAAUUUUUAGGAUUUUAAAAUCCUCUUCCUCACACAUUCUUACUCUCAAGCUAUCUGAUCUUAGGUUUACCUCCAACUCUAGUUUCCUAUGAUUUGUAAUUUAAGAUCUUAAAUGUCAAGGAAGAAGGAUCCAUUCAACCAGAUGUGACCCGCUAGCUUUAAUUGACUUAUUUUGAUGUAUUUGUUGAUAUCAGCUUCCUUGCAUAUACAGCUCAAAAUUAUGUAGUUGCAAAAGAAAUAGGCUUAUGUAACCUUUAAAGGGCUCCUUAACAUUAUAAUAUCUUUUAAUGUCAAUGUAACUUUGGUUCAAACAUUAUUAGCUAUAGAACCAAACAUAUAUUAUUGUUAUCACAUGGAUUAUUGGGAUCCUUGGAUAAUUGGACGUGGAUUAUUGGAUUAUGGGCUUAUUAGGAUUAUUGGAGAAAGUGGGAGGCUCGUGUAUAAUGAUAAAAAAAAUAUCUUCCUCAUAUGGAAGGCAAGAUCUAUAGAUUGUUUUUAAAUUAUUUAAUAUGUUUUUUAUACCUAUUUCAUAUGUUAUUUAUUGAAAAAAAAAUUCAUUAAAUUGAAGCAUUUCUAUAAACCUACUAUUAAUUUCAAGGUAUGAAUAAAUGCUUAAUAAUAUAUGAAUAAAUUCUUAAUCAUUCCUUAAAAUGAAUUGCAAGUUGAAAUAAUUUAAAUAUCAAAUUAAAUAUAAAUUCGCAUAUUAUUCAUUGAUAACGUUUUACAUUUUUUUUUCUUUUUAUUCAUUAAAUUACAAGAUUUCAUGUAUGAGCAAAUUAUGGGCAAGAUUUUCGUAUCCUGAUCUGUGGCAGAAUAAUCGCCAAUUCUUGGGAACUUCCGGGCAGUGGCCCAUGAGAAACUAGAGACAAAACAACACAGAAAGGGACCAACUCGAAAGAUAUAACUCGUAGCCACCCCCGGACAAACAUCUACACGUUUUUUCUAAUAAUUUGUGAGUUUAAAAUCUGUUUGACACCUUUGCAAUUGUAAUUGACGCGACAG